GGUAAUAUUUUCGUCAGACUUGCGGGUUAGUUGUGUCAUACGAGUCGCUGGAUUAGAGCAUCGCCACAAAUAAGCGGAUUUGGUUUUAUUUAAAAAUAAAUAAAUAAAAAACCCAGCAACUUAACGUUUCGCACGCGAGAGAGAGAGGCUGCGCGCUGUGCGUGCUCCUGAUUUGUGAGUAUAAAUAGUCUCGAGUCGGUGCGUCCGUUGCCUGUACGUUAUGUUCAGCGAAUGCGUCUGCGUUUGAACUCGCUUCGUCAGAUAAAGCGCGAGGCUGCAGCGCGCGGCGCGAGCUCGCGCGUGUUUGAUGAGAGCGCCCGUGCGCGCGGCGGCGGAUGCGUUUCGGACGCCGUUCGUCGAAAUGGAUCGAGGCUGAGCGCCGGGGAUGUGAUAAAACGACCGGGAGCGAGAGCUGGGUGUGUUUAAACGACAUCGAUGGACGAUCGUGACUCGACGUCCCGCACCGAAGGUGUGUGUGUGGACCGGAGGAUGCUGGGACGUGACUGAUGAGCUGAACCUAUGGCAGACGCAGGUCCCUUAGUGUGAAUCUACCAUGGACCCCGUGCUCUGUCAGAUGCUGGUUCUGGGAAUGGCUGUAAUGAUGGCCCGAGCAUGCCCCAAGUACUGCGCGUGCCAGAACCUCUCUGAGUCACUGGGGACCCUGUGCCCGGCCAAAGGCCUGCUCUUCGUGCCACCUGACAUAGAUCGCAGCACCGUGGAGCUCCGCUUGGGGGGAAACUACAUCCUUCGAAUCACACAACAGGACUUUGCCAACAUGACAGACUUGGUGGACCUUACGCUGUCCCGCAACACGAUAAGCUACAUCCAGCCAUUUUCCUUCGGGGACCUGGAGACCCUCCGUUCUCUUCAUAUGGACAACAACCGUUUAGUGGAGUUGGGCCCGAAUGACCUGAGAGGGCUGGUCAGCCUGCAGCAUCUCAUUCUCAAUAACAACCAGCUGGGUCGCAUCUCAGAGAAGGCAUUUGAAGACUUGGCGCCGUCACUUGAGGAUCUAGACUUGUCCUACAACAACCUUCAGGCUCUUCCCUGGCAUUCAGUCCGGCAGAUGAUCAACCUGCACCAGCUGAGUCUGGACCACAAUCUGCUGGACUACAUUCCCGAGGGCACCUUUGUGGAUCUGGAGAGGCUGGCCCGUUUGGACUUGACCUCCAAUCGGCUUCAGAAGCUUCCGCCGGAUCCCAUCUUUGCCCGAGCACAGGAUUCCGAGGCGAUAACCACACCAUUCGCACCUCAGCUCUCACUCAGCAUAGGAGGAAACCCGCUUCACUGCAACUGCGAGUUGCUCUGGUUCCGGCGCCUGGAGCGAGAUGAUGACCUGGAGACUUGUGCCUCACCUCCCGGCCUGAAGGGCCGCUACUUCUGGAACAUUCGAGAGGACGAGUUUUUGUGUGAACAGCCUCUGAUUACUCAGCACACCCACCGCAUGCUGGUUCUGGAGGGGCAGACAGCCAGUCUACGGUGCGAAGCCAUAGGAGAUCCCACCCCAACCAUACACUGGGUGACCCCCGAUGACCGACUUCUCGGGAACUCCUCUCGCACUGUGGUGUACCGCAAUGGGACCCUGGAGAUCCUGAUCACCACUUCCAAGGAUUACGGGACCUUCACUUGCAUUGCAGCCAACCUGGCCGGUGAAUCAACCGCUUCGGUGGAGCUGUCAAUUAUCCAGCUGCCCCACAUAAGCAACGGCACAGGCCAGGCAUCGCAACCCAAGUCCCGCCUGUCGGACAUUACCGGCAGCUCCAGGACCAGUAAAGGCACUUCCAAAGGCCAGCAAGAGAAAGCAGUGUCUGUGUCUGAGGUGACCGCCGUGUCUGCCUUGGUCAGUUGGUCCGUCAGCAAGACUGCUCCCAAAGUCAAGAUGUACCAACUACAGUACAACUGCUCAGAUGAUGAAGUGCUCAUAUACAGGAUGAUUUCUCCUUCCAGUAAGGCCUUCCACGUCACCAACCUGGUCUCAGGGACUCUGUAUGACCUGUGUGUGCUGGCGGCCUGGGACGACUCCGCCACGACCCUGACUGCCACUAACGUGGUGGGCUGUGUGCAGUUCUACACCCGGGAUGAGUACCCGCAGUGCCAGUCUCUGCACGGCCAGCUGCUGGGAGGCACCAUGAUCCUGGUGGUGGGCGGCGUUAUCGUGGCCACGCUGCUGGUGUUCAUCGUCAUCCUCAUGGUGCGCUACAAGACAGGGGACGGCCAGACCCCCAGCAGCAAGCUGAGUGGCGUCAGUGAGACGUACUCGCAGACCAACGGAGGGAGGCCGGGGCAGAACGGACUGCCUCUGCUGGCGCCCAAGCCCAAGGUCGGCACGCAGGACGAAGCAGUCGAAUUCAAGUGCGGUUCCCUCCAAAGCAGCUUGUCCUCUUCCUCCUCCACUUCCUCCUCGGGCUCCCACAAUCCCCCGUCCUACAGCCCCAACAGUGCCCUCGCCAGCAUCUGGAGGUCCACGCCUCCCAAGCCCCGCAACAACUUAGACCAGCUUCUAGGGGCCUUCACGUCGCUGGAGCUCCGGGGCCAGGCCAAGGAGCCGCGAGCGCCCGGCGGUUCUGCGAGCACGGCUGCCGCUUCAGCCCCAGCGGGCCCCACUGACAAGGAGCCUCUGUUGGGCCGGACGCUGGACUCGAGGCUCAGCAAGCUGCUCAUGCUGCCUCUGGACUCCAAACCCAAGAGGAGCCACUCAUUCGACAUGGGCGACUUCACGGUGUCCACGGCGCAGCAGCUGUGCUCGUACCCGCGCCGCAUCAGCAGCAUCUGGACCAAGCGCAGCCUGUCGGUGAACGGCACGCUGCUGCAGUGCGACGAGGACGGGGACAGUGCUGGGAGCAAAGGCACCCUUGAGAGCUCUGAGUGGGUGAUGGAGAGUACUGUUUAGGGACAAUAUAACCUCAUCAUGCAUGACUCUGAAUAUGUUUUUUAUUAUUGCUAUUCGCCUUGCCAUAUCCAGAACAGACGCAGCAUUCAGGGGGUGAAUUCACGGAAUGGUCGCACCACGCUAGCUUCACUAUUUCAGCAAAAAAACCUGUCAAACCUUUCUAUUGGACCUCAGUUUGUCACACGAACAUGCCCAAUUUCUAAGUAGAGUAGACUCAUUGUAGCUUGUGCUUUAAAAUAGAAUUUUUUUAUGCAUACAUUGUAACCACGCUAACUUUGAAUACACAUCUAUAUUGGAUUAGUUUCGCAGCAAUCAGUUAUUCCACAAGAGACAGAACAAAGGUUUUGCAGCAACAAGAGAUAUAAAAGUGUUAUAAAAUAUUAAUUAUCAGCCAUAACUUUUCCGGCGUCUGCUCGAAAGACCGAACUGACACUGGGCAUGGAUGAAUAUAGACCGUCCCGGUCCUUCAGUUUCCCUUUCUGAAUGAUAUAUAUAUUCAGUGCUUGCUGCUGGUUAUUUCCUCUCAGGCAGACACACACCUGCUGGUUGGUCACUUGUUUUUUGCAGGGAUGCUUCCGAUACCUGGGAUUCAGUAUUGGCCGAUACCAAGAACCGAUCUGAUACUAAAGUAAAAUUUAAAAAAGUGCUGAAUUACCUAAUAAACCGUAUGCAUCCCUGUGACUAACCGUGUUCCAUACACAACAAUGCUAGGCACAGAUGACGUUUUUAGGUUGGAAAUGGUCGUUUUUUAAAUGUUGAUUGUGGCUCUCUCACCUGAGACAGACAACAUAGACAGUGAUGAUCUAUUCAUUUUAGUAUUUUAGCAUUUUAAACGGUCAUUCUUUAACAAACUAAACAUUAACUAUAACGCUGUUAUUUCAAAGCCAACUAUUCAUUUAAAAACGUUAGGUUGUCUGUCCUCAUAAAAGCACACAAUGUAAAUAGUGCACACAGGAAAUGAAUGUUAACUUCUAGUUAUGGUACUUUGUAAUCAGUUUAAUGUCAAAUGUAAAUAGGCUAAUUGUAAAUGCUAAAUUGUAAAUUAAGUGGUUAUUAAGCUGAUUUGAGCCAUCAGUCAUACAAAAGAAUGAAUAUCAUACCUUCAAGCAAAUCCUUUCCCAGUUAUGUGAUUUAUUGGUACCGUACUUUUAUUUCACGUGUUGCUCGUAGAUUCAGAGCUUCUUAAGUAUAAACGCCUCGUCCAUUUGGAGCCAGGCGAAAUAUAAACAAGGCUUUAGUGCAGUGAUAUACAGCACGGUAACAUCUGGCACGACAGGAUGGUUAGCUUUUCUGAGGUGAGACACUUUUUAUUACAUAACAAAUGACCCAAAUAAAAACUGAAUAAUGACACUGACAUUAAGCCUAAGAUUCAGAUACUGAAUCGGGAAAGCGCUCUUUUUUUUUCAGGCAUCUGUCAGAAGUGCCAAUAGCAUUCAUGCAUGUCUUUUUAAAAUAAACGUCGCCUAGCAAUUGUAAGUCAGAUCGGGACAAUUGUCACGAUACCCAACCUAGAAAUGUAUCGGAUCAAAGCAUCCCUAGCUCUUUCUUGUUGGUUUGGUGUGUCACGGCCUUUACAUGAUCUGCACAAAUCCUGAAGCUGUGCAGAAGAGACGUCGGUGGUCGUGAUUCAUUCAGCGAAUCCCCCCAGGCUGCUGUGCUGACUCAUUGGUGUGUGUGUGUGUGUGUGUGUGUGUGUGUGUGUGUCAUCUUCAUGUUGUAUUUGUGUCUGAAUCGGACAGGUUGGCAUGAAUGGGGGAUAAACUCUUGCGCUUAUGCGGAUUUUCAAAGCUGGUACAGAAAUUGAGGAAACUGUAGCAAACGGCCAUGCCAGCAGUUUCCCUGAGCUGCGUAAAGACUCUGAAUAUCUUCAUCUGCAACACUGUUUAUAUGUGUAAUGAAUCAAAAAAUUUAUAUCUUUUAUAUCUUGUUGGUCAAAUGCUCCUCUUUCUUGAUGAAAGAGAAUUCCUGAACCUUCACGGCAUUUAUCUCACUCCCUUCAACUUCUCGUUUACUCACUUUUGAGAAAUCAUGUGUACGGUUUCAAUGAAUUCUCAGAUAUUGGAAGCCGUCUGUUUACGUGUGAUGUUUUUCUAUAUUCCUGUAUUUACUAAGGUGAUGGAAAGACGUGAGACAAUAAUGAAGAUAUCUUGAAACGUG